GGGAGCGGUCCGAGCCUCCCCGCGGCGACCAUCGUGUCAGGGCGGCGAAAAGCCUCCGCUGCGUCCACGAUGACGAGCCGUGCGUGAACGAGACAGACGUUUUUCUACCGCGACCCGCAAAACAGGCCGAAUUCAAAGAAGAGGAGGCUGCACAAUGUAGGGCGGCUGGUCACCAGUGGGACUCCAUACUGCUCUCUGGGGGGGUUGGGGUGUGGGACCAUGGAGCCAGAGGGACGACCCCUAACCCCAGGGACCAGCUAUGAGCCCGCUUCUUCCACCCCUGCACAAAACCCCGCCUCCCCCAGGUGCACCUCGCAAUCCUCGCGUUCCCCCCAUGUGAGAGACGGCCCGAUGUGUGCCGAGCGCUCGUGGGCGGGUGGGGGCGGAGUUGAGGGCCCCGGGCAGGACAAGGGCCCUCGGCCCAGCGCAGGCCCAGGGAGGAGCGCACAGAGGGGGCUAACGUCCUCAGCCUUUUCGUCCUCCCUGAGCUGGGACUCUGACUCUGAGAGAGAAACACCAGAUGAGGAGGAGCUACAGCACUUUUCUAACCCUCACGGUCUGGCUGCUCACAGCCCGGGAUCCUCUUCUUCUGGACUCAGGCUUGAUAGUCAGGAAGACGAAGGACCUGAAAUAACGUGGUCUACUGCGACGGAGGCGCAUGCCGGCGACCACGAGAGCACAAGGACGGAAGAGCCAAAUGCGCCUCAGCUCGGCCCGGCGGACUUGGCAGACAGCGAUGCGUGGAAUGUAUCCGAGCUGUUUCUGUCCAGAGGAAAACUAAAGGACUGUUGCCCUAUGGAGGAGGAGGAGGAGGAGGGUGAGGGAGAGAAGAGGCCCAGGGGAAAUGAGACCGAGGAGCUUGAGAGAGACGUGUACACCUUCCCUGGAGACUCUGACGCAGAGAGUCCCCCUCCCGCCCCCUGGGCUCACUGCACAUUCAUUCAGCGGUGCCAGAAGAAGAGGGUGCUAUUCAGGCCCUUCUCCGGACACGGCGCCUCGGAGCGCACAUCGCCUGAAGCCGGCGGGAGCGUGGAUGCGAGUCCUCAAAAAUUCCAAACCGCUGAGGCGGCACAGCUGGAUCGAGCCGCAGGGGGGUGCACUUUUGAGGAGUUUGGCUUGGGAAAGACAGCAGUGGAGGAGCCCGCAAAGUUGGGAGGGAAAGGGGACGAUGAAGAGGUGGAAGAAGAGCCGGGUGAAGAAAUCUUCACGUGCGUGGAAUGUAGCAUUUACUUCAAGAAGCAGGUGCACCUUCAGGAGCACAUAGUUGAGCACUGUCAGAGUAGCGCAGCGGGCGGCCGGCGUUCGGGAAAGGCCUGCGGAUUUCGGUGUGUGGAGUGCGGAUGGAACCUGCCGAAUCGGCUCGUGCUGGCCGACCACCACAGGAGGCACCAAGAGUCUCGUCGAAAGAUCUUGAAGGAGAUUGAGAAACUGAACGAAGACGGUAAGAUGGUGAAGCCUACAUGCUCGGGUGACACAGACAGAGUCACGUCUCAGCAACUUUCCCCGGCCCCGGUUUUGACUCCAGACCAAGCGGUUCGCCACUCGGUUGCUUUUCCCCUGAAAUCGCUUCGAAGUCCGGCUCCAGGCCGAACUGCUUCCGCCGGCCGCCGCCGCUUCGUCUGCACAAAGUGUAACUUCAGCACAAGAACCUCGCAGGCACUGGCCAAUCACACCAAGACCCACAACAGAAAAAAAACAGGCCGCCAGAUGAACCCUACGACCCCUGGUCCACCGUCGUGUUUGCCAUCCACUUCCCUGGCCUGUGGCCAUUGUGCCUUCCUGACCUCCAGUCAAUCUGUGAUGAAGGAACACCAGAAACUUGUUCACCCGAUGCAGUUCCCCAUCAGCGGGGCGCUGACCGAGGAGACCGGCAAGCGCUCAAGGUCCACCGCGGGUUCUCCAAUUUCAAAACCCGCCCUCACUUCUGACCGUCUGUGUGGGUCUGGGUCCUUGCGCGAUGCAACUCGAGGCGAGGGACAGCAGGGAGCCACUGCCUCUCAUGCCGGCGCAACGCCAGAUAGCGCUGCAGCUCUGCCUGCGAGCCGGGUGGUCUUCAAGGGCGUUGAGCACCCGAGAUUCAGAAGAAGAGGGAAGACUUUGACUAAUCUGGACAACUUUCUGGAGGAUGGCGAGCUGACAAGGAGUCAAGAAGAAGAGAAGAGCCCGGAGCUCGACACCGAGCGUUUCCAACCAGACUUUACCUCACCUGUUGGAGUGAAACGGCCUACAAGAGCACAGUCCAGCACAGAGGACUGCUCAGCACAGCAAAGCGCCUCAUUAUCGCCUCCCACCGAGCAGUGUGGGAAGGACGAGCUGGAAGUGGACAAGGAGGGAAAGGUUUUCUUUCUGAGGAACCGGGUCACCGCUGCUCCUGUAGACACCGACAGCGAAGACAACAACGACGGCGCCGGCGUCGACGAGGAACCCGUGCGACACCUCCUCUCGGAGGGCUUCUUGGAUGAAGACCUGGACGAGACCGACGAGGACUCGGAGGCGUUCAAGAGUGUGGAGAGGAAGUGUCCCUACUGCCCUGAUCGGUUUCAUAAUGGCAUCGGGCUCGCCAAUCACGUGAGGGGCCACCUGAACCGAGUGGGCGUCAGCUACAAUGUGCGUCACUUCAUAUCCCCCGAGGAAGUCAAUGCGAUUGAGAAGAAGUACUCCUAUCAGAAGAAGAAGAAAAAAGUUGCCAACUUCGACCCGGAAACAUUCAGCGUGAUGCACUGCGAGUUCUGCAGCGCCGGCUUCGACACCCGGGCCGGCCUGUCCAGCCACGCCAGGGCCCACCUCCGCGACUUUGGCAUCACCAACUGGGACGUCACCAUCUCGCCGAUCCACAUCCUGAGGGAGCUGUUCUCCAGCCGGCCCGACCUGGAGAUCCCCACGGCUCCCCCCCGGAGCACCGGCUCCUCGGACGAGGACCAGGAGGAGGAGGAGAAAGGGGAGGGAGUCGUGGAGGUAAAGUUGGAGAGGGACGCAAGCGAGAGGGAGCAGAGCGCGGGCGUUUCAGAUGCGUCGCCUCCAGCAUCUCCCCAACGUUCGAAGGAGGAGGACGCGUUGGAGGAGAGCGCAGGUGAGGAGGAGGAAGCAGCUGAGGAUGAUGAGGAGGAGCCCCGGGCGUCCGGGCCGUGCAGCGUGGACUCGGACGGCCUCCCUGCCGGGGAAGAUGCAGACUCCAGGGGCUUGAAGUGCGGCGUGUGCGGAGCCCAGUUCGAGACCCGGCGCGGGCUGUCCAGCCACGCCCGCUCUCACCUGCGGCAGCUGGGAGUCGGCGUCUCGGAGAGCAGCGGGGCGCCGAUCGACCUACUCUACCAAAUCGCCAAGGAGCGCCACGCGGACGGACAGAUCUCCCCUACGGAGCCCCCUUCCGCCAAACGUCCCUCGGCCCCUCAGAAGGAUGAGGAGGUAGGAGACAUGGACUUUGACGAGGACCCCAUCCCCUUCUCCAUCCUGGGCAAAGCGGCUAAAGCGUUGCCGCCCUCUUCCUCCGCCGCGCCAUCACCUUCCCCCGGUGCCUCACCCGGACCCCCUCACUCCGGAUCCCAGCCUGCAGUCGUGAGGAAGGCCCCCAUUUCCUCUCUGCUGCCCGUGUCCUCCCCCUUGCGCUCCCCGGACCACAAGCCCGGGGGGACGAAAGGCUUGACCUCCAACCUCUCCUCCAAAGUCACGACCAAGCCCCUCUGGGCGCCGCAGGAGAAUGACGCUCCUCUCAACCUCACCCUGGAGGUGGACCCCAACAAGGACAUCGUCUGUCAGCUGUGCGGCGCCUGGUUCGAGACCCGGAAGGGUUUAUCCAGCCACGCGCGGGCCCACCUGCGGCACUUCGGGGUGGAGUACUCCGAAUCCAAGGGCUCUCCCAUCGACCUGCUGAACCAGCUCAUCGACACCGACGACUUCAAGCACAAAGCUGGAGCGCUGCAGCGCGACGGCGCCGCGCGCCCCCGGGGCCUCGGCGCCGCGCUCUCCGCCCCGAAGCGCUCCCUGCUCAGCCUCUCCUCCCCUUCGUCCCUCCUCUGCAAGGUGACCACAGCCGGCGGCGGGUGCACGCCAAAAGCUACCUCUUCCUCCGCCCCGUCUCUGCUCGGCCCACCCGCCAAGCGCCACAAGUCCUCCUCCAUGAGGGUCUUCCGCCUGAGUAGUGGCGAGCUCAUGGCCCUUCCACACAGUGAACCACCAAAGGAAAUAGGCUGCGAGUUCUGCGGGGAGUACUUCGAGAACCGCAAAGGCCUCUCCAGCCACGCCCGCUCCCACCUGCGCCAGAUGGGCAUCACCGAGUGGACCGUCAACGGGUCGCCCAUCGACACCCUGCGGGAGAUCAUCAAAAGGCGGGGCCUGCCUUGCGCUCUUCCUCUGAAACCUCUCAAAACUCCGCCCCCGUCCUCUCCGGGACCCCCUCGUUCGCCUCUGGCGACCGUCCCGUCCUCCUCCUCCUCCCCCUCCGCCACCCUCCUUAACCGCCUACCCUUCGCCUUCGCCCGCCCCUCCAGUCCUCCGCAGUCCGUGCCGUCCAAAUCGAGCCCGGCACCCCUGACCCCCACCGGAGGGCUGAUCCUCAAGCUGAAGCCGGAGCCGGUGCAGCUGGAGGUCACCGCGCCGGGAGCCACGGAGAGAUCCGCCGGUUUCUCCGCCAGAGCUCUUAACUGCGGUUGGAGCAGCUCUGACAGCGUGUUCCCCCUCAACUUGGCCAUGGCCCAGGAGGUGGAGCCCACGAGGGACAUUCGCUGCGAGUUCUGCGGGGAGUACUUCGAGAACCGCAAAGGCCUCUCCAGCCACGCCCGCUCCCACCUGCGCCAGAUGGGCAUCACCGAGUGGACCGUCAACGGGUCGCCCAUCGACACCCUGAGGGAGGUCAUGCACAAGAGAGGGAGGGGCGCCUCCUCUCAGCAGGGCGUGAAGAAGGAGUCCAUCCAGGGGGGCAGCAGUCCCCUGUGGGAGAACACGGAGGGUUUGGGUGUCUCGGGCUACCAGCCCUCCAAGUUCCGCAAGUCUCCGCUCAGCCUGCUGCAGUCGGGGACCAGGCUCCACAAGCAGGGCCCGGGGUCCCCGUCCGCCACCCAGCCCGCGGGGAAGUAUUUCAGGCUCUCCCCGCUGGGGAAAAGGCCUCUGUCUGAGGAGGCUCAGCCGGCGGAGACCGCCAAGUCACCGCCGCAUCAGCUCAAGGCGUUCUCACCGCUGCCGCACGAUUUCUCCUUCAAAAGAAAACCUUCCCCGGACAAGCACGGCCACCAGGAUCCCAGUUGCGAGCUGUGCGGCUUCUACUUUGAGAACCGCAAGGCCCUGGCCAGCCACGCGCGAGCCCACCUGAGGCAGUUUGGCGUGACGGAGUGGUGCGUGAAUGGAUCCCCCAUCGAGACGCUGAGCGCCUGGAUGCGCAGCAGGCCGCAGAAGGUGCUGGAAAUGCAUCGCAGCUACAUGCAGGGCAACCGCUCCACCCUCAAGAAGAAGGCCGCCUCCUCCUCCUCCUCAUCCUCCUCCUCCGCCUCCCAGUGGUCCUCUUCCUUGGCCGUGAGUCUGGUGCGGCCGCUGAGCCGCGAGGUCAGCCUGGGCUCUUCCAGGGUCGCCGAGGGGGAAGCCGCCCCACUGAGGCCCGGCCGCGGCAGCCCCAGCCCCUCGCGGUGCUCCGGCGGCCUCCCGCUCCAAGCGCAGGUGGCGCGCAGCGAGCUGAACGUCCGCCUGCCCAGAGGUUACGAGCGGCGGCCCAUGAAGCACCCGUCGUUCCCAGACGGAACAGAGAGCCCCCCCAAACCCCCCCGCACAGGCACCGUCCCCGCCCUGGUGCCCAAACCGCCCUCCUACCCGCUGGUCAAACUGGUGGGCAAGUUCUACACCCUGAAGUGCCGAUUCUGCGAGGUGGAGUUUCACGGCCCGCUGUCGGUGCAGGAGGACUGGAUCCGGCACCUCCAGCAGCACAUCCUCAAGAUGAACUACAACAAGGCAGCGGCACCCAAAGUGGCCCCCGCUCAACCCGCCGAACCCCCUUCUCCGGUCGCUGCCGUGCCCCCGGUCCAGGCCCCGGCCCCGGCCCCGGCCUCCACCUCUACCUCCAGUACCACCUCCACCGCACCCACGUCCCCCCCAACCCGCGCCGCGCCUCCCGUCGCCCGCUCCGCUACGCCCCCGGUGGCAGAGCGUGCUCCGCCCGUCACUGCCGCAAUGAUUUUAUCGGCGUCAGAGGAGCAGCCCACCUUAUCUCCACCUUCUAUCCCCCUCCCCACCCAGACGGUGUGAGCUCAGACUCAUCGCUGUCAAUUAGACCCUUUUAGUUUUUUUGGUGCUCCUCCGCACUUUUGUACAAAUAUCUCUUCGUCCAUCCGCUUCUUUCGGCCUUCACAGAGUUGAGCGAGGAUCGUUUUCCCUCCAAAGAGCCCUCUGAGCCCCAAGCACCUUUUGAAGCAGCUUUCUAGACUGUUACAAAGUCCGGUUACCGGGGGAACGACGCUCUCCUGGUUUAUGCGGAGAGAUGAAAUAGUGUUUUGUGAUUGCCUUGUUUCUAUUGAAUGUCCCGGUGUGUAGACGCAGACCUCCAGUCUCCUGCUGACUAAAGGGUAAACGUAGCCCUCUAAAGCCCCCCCACCCCCCCGUCUGCUACAGUUUUGCCCCCCUUUUCCCUUUGUGAACAGUGCGCUAUUAGUGGCACCGGCCCCUCGCCUAAAGACCCCGACUGAGAUUAAAUGACAUUUGUAAUCAUGCCAGUCUCCUUUGGACGAGACCCCAAACAUGUGGUAACACUAAGUGUUAAAACAGGCACUUUCAAUGGUGACGUUGUCACUCGGCACUUACUGAAACGCCCAUUUUAAAUGGCCGCGAUUUCAAUAGAAGACCAAGUUUCCAAUUGGUUUAAGGAGCCAGAAGUGGAAGCAGCUCCCCCCUUGUUGACUUUACAAUGUAAUUAUUAUUCCCAAAAUAUACAUUUUGCUUGAAUGUAGCUUAAAGCACCUACUAAAAUCUUAUAUGCACACCUUCCUACACAAUCAUACGCCCCAUGUCACUAUCAUUUCAUGGUGUUUCUGCUACCGGCCUGCUUUCAGCAGGGUCCAUUCCCUCAUUCAGUGAUGCCAUUUCUUUCAUUCCUUUUUCUUUUUCUCAGCUCAAUCCAAGCUGUUAUUUAUUUAUUAUUAUGCAUCUGAAUGUGGUAAGCUUGGUCAUUUUAAAGCUAAAGUAAAACUCUGAAAUGUUUGAAAAUAGGUCAGCGGUGCACUUUUACACUAUGAGCACACAAUGUGUGUGUGUGUGUGUUAGUUUGUGUGUCUGUGUGCAUACACAGCAGACGUGCGUUUGCCUCCCGGUUUAAAGAGAGAGACGGAAGUAAACCCGCCGAUAGGAAAGGCCCCUCCCCUCAGCUCCAAUUGGGCUAAACGCGGGCCCCUGUCUGUGCGUGAUCCAAUUUGUCAUCGUGUGUCGGGACGUGCCAAAGAGUGUGUUUACUUCGUCUCGCCUCCUGUAAAAGAUGUUUACAUUGGACCUGGUGGUGGAGGAAACUCUGCACAAGCCAUCGAGUUCCCCGAGUUCCUCCUCGCCGAAAGACGGACUGAACCAACAGGCGGCGCUCCGCCUUCCGCACGGGAAAAAAGACGCCCGGAGCCGCUUUGCUGGACUUUUGACGAUAACGCGAACGAAAACCAAACGGGGCCCAGCGCCCCGGCCAAUCACAGCAGCCCGUCUGAGCUACCGGGGGGGUCGGUGUGUUUGGAACAUUGCUUCAUUGAGUGCGUUGAUAUCAACCCAGAACUGAAGCGCCACCUAAAAGGCGUCUGUGCAGUCUGGCAAUAUCCUCGCGAUACUACCCCGAAACCCCUCUACGGAGUAUAGAUACAUACUAUAUAACUACAUGUACUUAAGAAACUGUUGACGCUAGUAGAGCCAUCAGCAGUUCUGUUAGCGAGGUAGGUUUAAAAAAAAAAAAGAAAGAAAAAAAAGUGAUCUUAAUUCCUCUAUCGUGGUUUGAUUUCAACCUUUUGAUGCUCUGUAUUUUGUAUCGCUCUGUACAUUUCUGUAUUUGCAGUCCUGCGAGGUGAAUCUUUCAAGUCAUUUUUAUUUUUAGUCUCUCCGAGCUUUCGUGCCGGAGAUGAGAGUCGCUGGUCGGGCGCCGGCAAGGACGGCGUUCUGAUUCCCGUGUCCCGGUGUGGCAGGGCUCUUAUACGCAGGGGCUUUUAAAGGGGGGGCCGCUUUGUGCAGAGGGACGCGAUCCUCCUCUGCCUCCACCAGGGGGAGCAGAGGCCCUCAGUCUGGCGCAUUGGACUUCCCUUUGAGGUUACCUGAACAAGACUCGUGUUCGAGCUAAAUGCGUGUGUGUGUGUGUUAACGCGUGUCUGUGUGUAUCCAGUAUGUCUGCGCGUACAGGUGUGUAAAAAAGACGGCACGACGUUGGCGAGCCGAGAAGAAAAAGAUGCAGUUGAGGAAAGAAACGCACCGUACACAAAAGGGUUUUAAGUGAAUCAACUGCAAGAGCAAAACAAAUAAAUGUGAUUUCAAUUCCGGACACUGAA